AUGUAUUCUCUUCUGUUCAACUACACUCCAAUCCGUCCUCAUCCAAGUCUGCUUUUGAUUUCGGAUCCUCCUCCUCUACUCGUGACAAGGAAUCAUAUUCGACUCAGAAACUUCAUGAUGAUGCAACUACCACCAAACCUGGUCCUUCGGUUACUCCAAUCAAUCCGGAAUCUACGAAACACAAGCCUUAACAUUCCAGCUCAGACAACCGAUCCUCAGCAGGAGACCACAUUGAUCUCAGGGCUUAACUCCAAACUUGAUGAGAAAGUCUUCGGACUGGAUUCGAAGCUUGAUGCCAUCCUUAAAGCUCUGUCCAAAGCCAACAAUUUCGGACCUACUAUGGCUGAACGUGAAGCCUAG